AUGGAUGCCAGCGCGGCAGACGCAGGUUCACCCACUCUACCUCGGAGUGCUAUUUUGAAAUGCAAGGCCAAUGCUCUCCUCCAGGAUUUGAAGAGGAUACAAGGAGCCCUUCACCCAAUUUCAAGCGUGGAGGACGCCAUGCUCCACGUGCGUCAUGGCCAGUUAGUCUCAGUGUACGAUGACUUCAAGGCCAUCCACGGGAAUCUUGAAGAAUUAGACAUUUCGGAGAUCGGCAGCGACUUGCGAUGGACCGUGUCGGAGCUCGUCGCGACGAUGCACGCUGAAAUAGAGCACGAAACCUUGCGACGCUCUGAUCAAAUGGCUGCCCACUCAACUCUCACCAACGGGAUCUCCUCUAUGCCAGACCCAGGGCUCAGUCGCAGCUUUCAAGCUCUGCCGCCUAUUCCGCUCCCUACCUUUAGUGGAGGAUACUCCGAGUGGUCUGAGUUCCAAUCUAUCUUCUCAACUAUGGUAGGCGGAAAUCCACAUAUAAGCAAGGUGGAAAAGCUGCAGAGGCUACGAUCCUGUGUUCGCGACUCAGCGUUAGAAGCAGUUCGGUCCUUGGUAACUUCCGAGGAAAAUUAUGACGUUGCAUUGGGUCUUUUGGAAAAGCGAUUUAGUAACCGUCGUUUAAUAUUUCAGGCUCAUGUGAACGAGAUUCUAGGCCUCUGUGUCGUGGAAGGUGGCUCAGUGGCAGGUCUACGAGGAUUCUCAGAUAAGUUCAAUGCCCAUAUGCGGGCCUUGAAGAAUUUGGGAAUGACGCAACAAAUUGCCGGCUGCAUCAUCGUCCAGGUGCUUCUUCAAAGAUUGGACCCAGCUACCCAGGCGAAGUGGGAGGAAGGCCAGACUGCCAUCAAUUCAGACCUUAUUCCUACGUGGGACUCGAUGGCGGAAUUCCUGGAGCAACGAUGCAGGACUCUCGAGGCUGUGGAUGUGGCCAUGGCCGCAUACGCACCAGGCACUCAGGUGGGAAGACGUAGAGUUGCUAAUAACAAUAGAUCCGCCUUCAUUAUUACUAAUGCCCCUCCCGCUACCUGUAUAUUAUGCUUUGGGAGGUCCCAUGAGGUGCCUGCGUGUCCAAGGUUUCUGCUGUUGUCCCCUGAGAGCCGCCUAGGCGAGGCUAGGCGACUUGGUCUUUGUCGAAAAUGUCUCAGAACCGGCCAUCACCUGCGAGACUGCGUCGCUAAUAAUUGCCACAGCUGUGGGAGACGGCAUCACAGUUUGCUGCAUUUUCUGGACUCGCAGUCUUCUAGCGGCCAUCUGCCAGUUGCUUUACCCAUUUCCUCCUCAUCCGAGGGUUCUGAACCUCUAGCCUCAUCGCCAUCCACAGUCAAUGCCUUAAUUGCCCAAGGUCGUAGCGGCGAUAUAGCUUUGCUUGCAACAGCGAACAUACUUGUUAGGAGCCGCGCUGGUAUUUUUGUUCCUUGCCGAGCGCUUCUGGAUUCUGGAUCUCAAGUACACAUGAUUACGUCCCGAUUGGCUAAUCAGCUGCAGUUGCGUAAAUGCAAAUCAUUCAAGUCGGUGUCUGGAAUUGGCGAUACCGGCUAUGCGACGGACGGAUUCUCUGUUGAUGUGCUCCUACGUUCUCACUGUUCAGAAUACUCGUCUCUUAUUAGUGCAGUCGUCGCUGGCAACAUUACGGAUCUCCAGCCUAGUUUCUGCUUAGAUGUCUCCAAUUGGAAUAUACCAUGCAAUCUUAAUCUCGCUGAUCCAGAAUUCUUUCGACCACAGCGUAUCGAUUUGCUCAUCGGAGCCAGCCUCUUUUAUGAAUUGCUGUGUGUUGGACAAGUUCAGCUCUCAGCUGGCCUACCGUUGCUGCAGAAAACCCGACUUGGAUGGGUUGUGUGUGGAGGCGGUUCACCUGUUGAGAGAAGGUCACUCGUAGCCACAGCCUGCAAGGAUGUCACGAAGAGUUCUGGGAAAUAG